CAGCCAGGGUCUGAUCCCGGAGACCCCCAGGAUGCCUGACCCGGGGAAACCCCGGAAAGACCUCUCGCGAUGGAAGAAGAAGAAGCAGCCCGUGCACCGCACGGUCAGCCAGAUCUGCCCGCCGCCCCGACGGCCGCUGACGGUGGUCGACAUCCGCCCGGGCAUGGAGAACGAAAGGCUGGGGGUCGUGCGUGACUCCAUGUUUCAGAACCCGCUCAUUGUCAAGGCAGAACUUGGCAAGCCCAGGGAGAGAAGCUGCAGCCUGCCUGGCGUCGACUUUAAUUAUGGACUCUACAUCCAAGGGAUAGAUGGAGGGGUUCCUGAAGCCAUUGGGCACUGGAAUGUGUUUAAGCAGCAACCCACCUGUCCCCAUGAGCUGACCCGGAACUAUAUUGCCAUGAACCGAGGGGCAGUCAAAGCUGGCCUGGUGACUGCCCGGGAAAACAUGCUCUAUCGUGAACUGAAUGACAUUCGAAUCAAUGACCAGGAAGACCGGCGACAGAAGGAGCCGCCCUCCAUCCCUCCCAACAUGACCUUUGGCAUCCGUUCACGGCCCUCAACACCCUUCUUUGACCUGUUACAACAUCGGUACCAGCAGCUAUGGAUACAGGAGCAGAAGGCCACUCAGCAAGCCAUCAAAAUGGAGAAGAAACAGAAGGUAAUCCUGGGAAAGCUGUAUGAGACGAGGAGCAGUCAGCUGAGGAAGUACAAGCCUCCUGUGAAGCUGGAUACUCUCUGGCACAUGCCUCACUUCAAGAAGGCGGUUUCCCAUCUUGAUACGUUCCCUACGGAUGCCGCUCGCCAGAGGGCUCUCAAAGCCCACAAGGAAGAGCAUGCUGUACGCCAGGGCACCCUACGAAUGGGCAACUACACCCACCCCUAGCCUCCUCACAGGGGGAGCCUCCUAGAUGCGCUGGGAAAAAAAUCCCCAAAGAGCUCAGUUUUCUCCCCCAGACCCCAGGAUGACAGUCCUACACUUUGACACAACCCUUUGCCACAGGGACCUCAGAUUCAAGUCUUAGGUUGCUUAUUUUCUUUAUAAGAACCCCGACCCACACACACCCUUUUGUUACACAACACCAGUCCUGUCUUUCCUCUAGUUUCCCUUUGCCUAGAAACCACCAUCCUCCUCAAAAUUCUUUUCCCCUUCUCCUCACCCCUUCCUCUCUUCUUCCCUUUCUCUUUCUAUUUUACCCCCUCCUCCUUCAGGAGACCCACUCUGCCUCUUUGCAAGUCUUACUUUACAAGAUAAACCAAAAAUACAAGGCAGUUCUUUAAAAAAAAAAUAUCCAGGCUAAGAGUCAGCUUCACUGCCUAUGCCUGUGCACUUCCACAAGGCGUAGCGCCAGUAGGCGUUGGAAGCACUCAUUUCUUAUUCCAAACACGAGUUUUAAUUGCCCUUCUGGGCACGGCUGGGGUCUCAACACAGCAGGAGUCUCUCUCUGGGACCCCUGACAGUAGGAAGAACCCGCGGUUCAUUACUCAGAGGUAGGCCCCGCCCUCAGUGCUGUGGCCCUGUCAAUCAGACAGACCCGCCUGGACUUCUUAAGACUAUCUGGAUGUGGUUCACUCUUCCAAAGGAGAAUGCCUUGUGGUGGGCAGGUGGCAGCCGUGGACUAUCUCUUGAUUCAUACCUUUCUCUGGUGUCUUUGGCUUCUCUCCACAAAUUACAAAGGGAUUUAUUUUAAAUAUAAAAAGAUGACUUGC